UUGUUCCAGCUACCGAUUUACGAGACUACUUUAAAACAAGCUGGAUUCCGGGUGGCAAGACAAAGCGAAGCAGCAUCCCCAUUUUAGAUUGGGUUUCACUUUAAAUGUGGCAAAUCCUCCCAAACCAAAACAUCCGUCUUCACUCGGAGUCAGCCGAGCGGAAAGCUGCUUGCUAUUUCCCGAUUGGGCGGUGGGGAGCUCCCUUCGGCAGGUCCGCCUGGUUGUUUGUGGUGGGAUUGGCGUGUGGAAUUGUCAAUCCGGACCCCUCCCCAGCGCGGUGCAGCCCCGGCAGAUGAUUGAGGAGUAUUGCUCUGGGGUGUGACCGUGCCCUGGCUUCCAGUUUCUGGGUUACAACGGUGGAGGGAACUUGCAGCGAUGAGAAGAGCCGGAGGCUGUGGGAGUGAUGUUCAGUGGUGUUUUACUCAAGUGAAAGGUACCACAGACCUUGAUGUUUCCGAAGGAGGCAAGGAAGGCAUGUCGUCAGCUGAUAUAAUUUCUACCGUAGAGUUCAAUCACACUGGGGAAUUGUUGGCUACUGGGGACAAGGGAGGUCGAGUUGUUAUAUUUCAGAGAGAGCAAGAGACAAAAAACCAGCCUCACCACCAAGGUGAGUACAAUGUUUACAGCACCUUCCAGAGCCAUGAGCCUGAGUUCGAUUACCUAAAAAGCCUGGAAAUUGAAGAAAAGAUUAACAAGAUCCGCUGGCUGCCACAACAGAAUGCAGCCCACUUCCUCCUGUCUACAAAUGAUAAAACGAUUAAAUUAUGGAAGGUCAGUGAAAGGGAUAAGAGGCCAGAAGGUUAUAACCUCAAAGAUGAAGAAGGUAGAAUGAAGGAUCUAUCCACAGUUACAGUGCUGCAGGUGCCAGUGCUGAAACCCAUGGAUUUGAUGGUGGAGGUGACUCCACGGAAGAUCUUUGCUAAUGCUCACACCUACCAUAUCAACUCCAUUUCUGUCAACAGUGACUGUGAGACAUAUAUGUCAGCUGACGACCUCAGGAUUAACCUCUGGCAUUUAGGAAUAACAGACAGGAGUUUCAAUAUUGUAGAUAUUAAGCCUGUAGACAUGGAAGAGUUAACUGAAGUGAUCACAGCUGCUGAAUUCCACCCCCACCAUUGUAACCUAUUGGUUUACAGCAGCAGCAAAGGAACAUUGCGACUCUGUGACAUGAGGGCAGCGGCACUAUGUGACAAACAUGCCAAAUUGUUUGAGGAGCCAGAGGAUCCCAGUAACAGAUUCUUCUUCUCAGAGAUAACCUCUUCAGUGUCUGAUGUGAAGUUCAGUCACAGUGGCCGGUACAUGAUGACACGAGAUUACCUCACUGUCAAAGUCUGGGAUCUGAACAUGGAAACCAAGCCUAUAGAAACCUAUCAGAUUCACGAUUACCUCCGGAGUAAGCUAUGCUCUCUUUACGAGAAUGACUGCAUCUUUGACAAAUUUGAAUGUGCAUGGAAUGGCUCAGACAGUGUUAUUAUGACUGGGGCCUACAAUAAUUUCUUCAGGAUGUUUGACCGCAACACAAAACGAGAUGUCACACUGGAAGCUUCCCGGGAGAACAGCAAGCCACGAGCAGUACUCAAGCCACGCAAAGUCUGCACAGGAGGCAAGAGGCGAAAGGAUGAAAUUAGUGUUGACAGUUUAGACUUUAACAAGAAGAUCCUGCAUAUGGCUUGGCAUCCAACAGAGAACAUAAUAGCUGUAGCAGCGACAAACAAUCUCUACAUAUUUCAGGAUAAAGUGAACUCGGAGAUGCACUAGAUUUAUAAAUACCUUGGUGUAAUUAUAAACUGGCCUUUUUUCUGACCUUUCUGCCAAUGAUCUUCACAAGGUUGUAUUCAUCUUUAGUGGAAUUGUGGAGUGUGGUUUCUCGUUAGUGCAUAUCACUUGUCAGUAAGAAUUGUUUUUUGUCAGUCACCGGGGGUGAGCUCAGCACUGCAGAAUGGAAACACAGAAGGGCACAUGUGGCAACCAUCAACACAGUUUCACCUCUUCUCCAGUCGGUCACUUUUUAAAAAUGUUUCAGGCAUCGUAGAACUUUUACUGCUGGCUUGAAACUUUGCACUGAGGAUCUCUGAAUUUGUACACAAAGACACAAAUAGAACAAUUAACUUGAGAUCUGACUACCUAUUCAUUCCUGAUUCAUUUCCCAUCUUUAUGGUGGAUUCAGUUGGCCUUGCGUCAGUAAAUAGCUUCAACAGGCACCUGAAAGGUAAAAAGCUACUGUCUUUGUUUGCUGUGUCAGCCUGCCCAAACUGCAAUUUUAAUGUACUGCUAAUCAAAUGUAUGCAAUGCUUUUUUCAAAUUGGAUCACCCUGUUAUUAGACAACUCAAGUGGGUUCAGCUGUUCUUCUGUUGCCACUGCCUUGGCCUGGGUAAAAGUCCCACUUUCCUUUUACGAUUUUUAAGAAUUGUUGGAAGCUAAAUGAGUCGGAGCUUACAUAAAGCAGUGGCAAAAAUACUUACAACUGCAAUCAAGUUUGAUGCAAUUGAUAGUAACUUGGCAAUUUGACAUACAUACCGCUAACAAUUGUCGCAGUGCAGAAUAGCGAACUCUUCUGAAAUUAGGAUGAAAGUGCAUAUUCUGUAUGAUGUUGUAAGCCUAUCAUUGAGUCUAAGCAAUUUUGCACCUCCCCUGAAACCUUUUGACAUGGUUACUGGCUGCAAAGUGGGGAAGAUGGUUCAUAGCCCAGCACUGCCACUGUAAACAAACAACAAGGUUAUGCAACUCUUUUUUUUCAAAGAAUAUCUUCCAAAUUUUAAAAAAAAGCCUCUCAUUAGAAAUUCUUCAAUAUAGAUAAAAUAGAAUGUCCAACCCAGUUUGAUAUCAGUGUGCCAAAUAGAGCCAUAGAACGGAAAAUUGCACAAAUUAAGGAAAAGGUGGAUUCUUUUAUAACCAUUUAUGGUGAUGCAUUGUUUCUGGCCUGUUGCAAAAUUUGAGCUAGCCUUUAACAAUUUACUUGGAAUGUACAGCAUAAUGUUUACAGAGUGUAAAAAUAUAUCACAUCAUUAAUUAGAACAUUGCUAAUAAAAUCAUUGAUUUGUGAGGUUGAAGAUAACAGGAAGGUAAUGUUGAACAGGUUUGUUUUUUCUGGUAUUUGAAAUAAAAAAAAGAAUCAGAAGACAUCUUGCCUUUGGAGUACCUGUCAUAUAUGUUGGCAAUUGUUGGUUUCUUGUGUUUUUGCAGGUUAAGGAUUUCUUGGAAGUACUUCAGGGGUCGAAACAAUUUAGUGACACAAUCUUUACAAUCCGACACACUUUACUUCUUACUCUGAUUGCUGUUGGGCUUAAUGAAUGUCCUGAGACCAUUUAUGUUGCUCAUUUUUUGCUGUAUUUCCCAAUAACCCAAGUUUUGUGUCUAAGAAUAAGGAAGGGAGUACUUCAAACACAUGUGUUUGACCAAUGUUGUGAUCAUUCAUUGAAUUUAGAGAGAUCCUGCUCAAAUUUAUAAAAGAUGAUCUGUUCAUCUGGAAAAUUAGCUUUAAUUCAUAAAGCCCAGUACAGUUUUGGUAUGGUAAACAGUUUGGGAAAUACAAUGAAUGUUUGAAGAUUCAGAAUAUUUGAAUAUCAUUCGAGUUGCUCUUCUCAAACUCAGUGAGCAGCUUCAUUGAAAACUACACCCUAAUGCAGAUGUUUGACUUCCUGAGGGAAUGUCUUGAAGGAAAAUGUGAAUUAAAGAAAAAUGUAAGCUAAAUGUACUGAAUGUCAAAAUGCAAACCUGCAGAGGAUGCUAAUGUAUAUCUUCAACCAGAGAUAUUUUAAAGGCAAACUUUGAAAUUUGCUAGGAAAGGGGGUGCCUAAGGGACCCGUUCCUUAACGAUAUCCUGACGAAUACUUUUUACUUUUGAUGUAAAGUUGGUAAAAAUGUUUGUCAAAGAGAGAAAGGUUAUCAGGUUUGUUAAUGUCAGGUUUUUAAAUAAAAUCUAAUAUCAGUCUUUGCAUUGUUUCAUUGCAUGACGGUGGACUUUGCUGACUUGAGAUGCAUGCUUUUAGCACACAUUCUUUAAUCAUGAGUAUCUAGAAUUCUGUUAGCCCAAAUUCCAAAAUAUAUGUCCAUAAUAUUUGUUUUUGAAGGGCAUUAAUACAGAAAAUCAGACAUUUUAUUCUUGAUGACAAUUUGUAGCAUGAAAUUGUACUCUUUUGUAUCUUGAUUGCCACAAACCUGCUCCUAAUGCUACUGAAACUGUUUCUUCUUGUACACACUGAUUUCUCACAAUUGAAAGGAGCUGUAAACUCUCCCAAAUGUCUUGCUUCAGUUGUGUUGAUGUACAAGGUAAAUGUUUUCUGUUCCCUUAUCUUCUGUACUAUUUCACCUUUAUGAAUGUCUUUCCCAUAUUAUGAAAUUUAUAUUUAAAAUUACGUUUACAC